AUGAGGGCAAACAAAAUCGAUGGGAAGGCAAUUGCCCAGAAGAUAAGAGAGCGGUUGGCAGCCGAAAUCCAAGAGAAACAAAAGGGGAAUCCCCGAUACAAGCCAUGUUUGAAAAUCAUACAAGUGGGGGAUCGACCAGAUUCAAGCACCUAUGUGCGAAUGAAAUUAAAGGCCGCUGAGGAAGCUGGUAUUGAAUGUGCUUUGAUUCACCUCCCAUCCAGCAUCUCGGAGCCGGAGCUAUUGCAGCAGAUUGCUCAAUUCAACAAUGACCCGUCGGUCCACGGCAUCCUCGUUCAAUUGCCUCUUCCCAAACACCUUUCUGAGCACACAAUCACCUCCGCCGUUCUCGAUGAGAAAGACGUGGACGGUUUUGGCGCUACCAACAUUGGAGAACUGGCGAAAAGAGGUGGGAAGCCGUUCUUCGUCCCAUGUACACCCAAGGGAGUCAUGGCUUUGCUGCACGAGAGUGAUGUGGAACUCAGAGGCAAGAGAGCGGUGGUUCUUGGACGAAGUGACAUUGUGGGAAGCCCUGUCAGCUAUCUUCUGAGGAAUGCCGAUGCGACAGUGACUAUCUGUCACUCUAAAACGGAAAAUUUGAAAGAUGUGGUUAAACAAGCCGAUGUUUUGGUUGCCGCGGUGGGUCAACCGGCCUUUGUCAAAGGAGAUUGGUUGAAACCAGGUGCGGUAGUCAUUGAUGUCGGCACCAACUACAUUCCCGACGCCUCGAAGAACUCGGGGCAACGACUGGUGGGAGACGUCGAAUUUGAGACAGCUGUUGAGGUUGCUUCCCGAAUAACCCCCGUCCCGGGCGGUGUGGGUCCCAUGACGGUCGCCAUGCUUAUGCAAAAUGUUGUCGACUCUGCUUCUGCUUACUUCGAAAGGCUUAAAGCGCGGCACAUCGCUCCCCUUCGAAUCAAGCUACAGAAGCCGGUGCCCUCGGACAUUGCAAUCUCAAGGGCUCAGCAUCCUCGGCGGAUUACAGAUAUUGCUGCUGACGUCGGCAUUGCACCCCACGAGUUGGAGCCAUACGGUGCCUACAAGGCUAAGGUUGAUCUGUCGCUGCUAUCGAGACUGGAACAUCGUCGGAAUGGAAAAUACAUUCUGGUCAGUGGUAUCACCCCAACUCCUUUAGGUGAAGGAAAAUCCACCACCACCAUGGGCCUGACGCAAGCUCUGGGAGGACAUUUGGGUAGACUGACAUUCGCCAAUGUUCGACAACCCAGUAUGGGCCCGACUUUUGGGAUCAAGGGUGGCGCCGCUGGCGGUGGUUACAGUCAAGUCAUUCCUAUGGACGAGUUCAACCUUCAUCUGACCGGUGAUAUCCAUGCCAUUACUGCUGCGAAUAACCUCCUGGCCGCUGCCAUCGAUACACGUAUGUUCCACGAAGCGACACAGAAAGAUGGGCCUUUGUACAAAAGAUUGGUCCCUAGUAAAAAGGGCAAACGCGAAUUCGCUCCUAUCAUGUUCCGAAGACUCAAGAAGCUCGGGAUCGAUAAGACCGACCCAGAUGACUUGACAGAAGAGGAAAUCCGCCGGUUUGCACGACUCGAUAUCGACCCUGAGACGAUCACUUGGAGAAGAGUGCUCGAUGUCAAUGACCGACAUUUGAGAGGCAUAACAAUCGGUCAAGCACCAACGGAGAAAGGACAUACCAGAGCAACGGCUUUCGAUAUUUCCGUGGCGAGUGAAUGUAUGGCCAUCCUUGCAUUGAGCAACGAUCUGAGAGAUCUCCGUGAACGUCUUGGCCGAAUGGUGAUCGGGGCCUCCAAAGCCGGUGAUCCCAUUACCUGUGACGAUAUCGGCGCCGGCGGUGCCUUGACUGCUCUUAUGAAGGAUGCAAUCAAACCCAAUCUCAUGCAAAGCCUGGAGGGAACUCCAGUCUUUGUUCACGCCGGACCAUUCGCCAAUAUCAGUAUCGGCAACAGUUCCAUUCUAGCUGAUAAACUAGCUCUUAAACUGGCCGGAACCGAACCUGAUGAAGAUCAUGAAGCCAAAGCUGGAUUUGUUGUUACCGAAGCGGGCUUUGAUUUCGCCAUGGGAGGUGAAAGAUUCUUCAAUAUCAAAUGCCGGUCUUCCGGUCUUGUGCCUGAUGUUGUGGUCGUAGUCGCUACAAUUCGCGCUCUAAAGGUUCAUGGCGGUGGUCCCGAAAUUUCAGCGGGUGCAUCAUUGCCCGAAGCGUAUCGCACAGAAAACAUCGAAAUGCUGCGGGCUGGCUGUGUAAACCUGAAGAAGCACAUUGCAAACGCAAAAUCAUACGGAAUACCGGUCGUGGUCGCGAUCAACAAGUUCGAGACAGAUACUGAAGCUGAACUCAAGGUUGUCGAAGAGGAGGCACUUUCUGCUGGAGCUGAAGCAGCUGUUCCUGCAAGUCACUGGGCCGAAGGUGGCGCCGGUGCUGUCGAUCUGGCGAAGGCAGUGAUUGAAGCUUCGUCAAAACCAAAGGAUUUCAAACUUCUCUAUGGUCUAGAAGGAAGCGUCCAAGAACGCAUCGAAAAAAUUGGCAAGGAAAUGUAUGGCGCGGGAAAAGUCGAAUUCAGCGAAUUGGCGCAGAAAAAGGUGGACAUGUACCAAAAACAAGGAUUUGGCAACCUGCCCAUUUGCAUUGCAAAGACUCAGUAUUCACUGAGCCACGAUCCCGCUUUGAAGGGUGCACCGACUGGAUUCACGGUCCCAAUUCGGGAUGUAAGGCUGGCAGUUGGUGCCGGAUAUCUGUAUGCACUCGCUGCUGAUAUCCAAACGAUUCCUGGCCUUCCCACCGCUCCAGGAUAUCUGUAUGUGGACGUGGACCCGGAGAUCGGCGAGAUUGACGGUCUCUUCUAG